UGGGCGGAACGCGGAGUUUCCCUGAGCCGGUGUGAAGGAGCGGGCGGAGGGAGCGGAGGGAAGCAGAGGGGAGCGGCGCCGCGCCGCGCCCGGACCAUGAGGCUCCGACUGUGGCUGGUCCCUGCUCUGCUGUUGCUGUGGUCGCCGGGCGGGCUGGAGGCGCUGGGGCGCCCGCCGCGCCGGCAAAGCUACGAGACAGUUGAGUCCAUGCUUUCAGACUACGACAUCCUUUCUCAGUCUAGCAUCCAGCAGCACUCAUUGAAGAAGAGGGACCUUCAGCCUGAGACACAUGUAGAGAGGCUCUUAAGUUUUUCAGCCCUGCAAAGGAACUUUAAAUUAUACUUAACAGCAACUGCUGAACACUUUUCAGAAAAAUUUCAAGCAUUAAUUGUGGAUGGUGAAGGCAAGGAAAAGGAGUAUCGUGUUCAGUGGCAAGACUUCUUCACUGGACAUGUUGUUGGAGAGCAUAAUUCCAAGGUUGUGGCACAUAUUGGUGAUGAAGAUUUUACAGUAAGAAUUAAUACUGAUGGAGAAGAAUACAAUAUAGAGCCACUGUGGCGAUUUGUAGAUAAUGUGGAAGAUGAAAGAUUGCUGGUCUACAGAUCUGAAGAUAUUAAGGAUUUCUCACGAUUGCAGUCCCCCAAAGUGUGUGGUUAUUUAAAACUGAAUGAAGAAGAACUGUUGCCAAAAGGACUUGAAGACAGGAAGCAAAAUGAAGCAAGCAUCCAUCGGAAGAAAAGAGCUGUUCCAGAGAAAUCAAAAAACACCUGCAAGAUGUUGGUAGUGGCAGAUCAUCGUUUUUUCAAGUAUAUGGGCCGUGGGGAAGAGAGUACCACUAUAAACUAUUUGAUUGAAUUGAUAGACAGAGUAGAUGACAUCUACCGAAACACAUCCUGGGACAAUGGAGCCUUCAAUGGGUAUGGCAUACAGAUAGAGCAGAUUAUCAUCCACAAUGAGCCAAAUCUUGUAAAACAUGGAGAAAAGCAUUACAAUAUGGCAAAAAGUUACCCAGAUGAAAAGAAAGAUGCCUGGGAUGUGAAAAUGCUCCUAGAGCAAUUUAGCUUUGAUAUUGCUGAGAAAGCAGCUCACGUGUGCCUUGCUCAUCUCUUCACAUAUCAAGAUUUUGACAUGGGAACACUUGGAUUGGCUUAUGUUGGCUCUCCCAGACCGAACAGCCAUGGUGGCAUCUGUCCCAAAGCUUAUUACAGUCAAAUUGCAAAGAAAGACAUCUAUCUGAACAGUGGCUUAACCAGCACCAAGAACUAUGGGAAGACCAUCCUCACAAAGGAGGCUGACCUGGUUACCACACAUGAACUUGGACAUAACUUUGGAGCAGAGCAUGAUCCUGAUAGUCUUCCAGAAUGUGCCCCCACUGAAGACCAGGGAGGGAAAUACGUGAUGUAUCCAAUUGCUGUCAGUGGAGAUCAUGAAAACAACAAGAUGUUUUCAAGCUGCAGCAAAAAAUCCAUCCACAGAACCAUAGAGAUCAAAGCCCAGGAGUGCUUCAAGGAGCGCAACAACAAAGUGUGUGGGAACUCCAGGGUGGAUGAAGGAGAGGAGUGUGAUCCUGGCCUCUUGUACCAACAGGCUGAUCCCUGCUGUUCUGCAGACUGUAAACUGAAAGAUGGUGCCAAAUGCAGUGAUCGGAACAGUCCCUGCUGUAAAGGUUGCCAGUUUGAAAGUGCACAGAAGAAAUGCCAGGAAGCCAUAAAUGCCACUUGUAAAGGAGAGUCUUUUUGCACUGGGAACAGCAGCGAGUGCCCUCCACCAGGGAAUGCUCCAGAUGACACAGUCUGUGUGGACAUGGGGAAGUGCAAGGAUGGGGAGUGUGUCCCUUUCUGCGAGAGGGAGAAGAACCUGCGGUCGUGUGCGUGCAAUGAAACAGAUAAUUCCUGCAAGGUGUGCUGCCGGGACGAGCAGGAUAGGUGCGUCCCGUACAUCGAUGCUAACGAGCAGUUCCUGUUCCUGCGCAAGGGGAAGCCUUGCACUGUGGGCUUCUGUGACUCAAAUGGCAAAUGUGAGAAGCAAGUACAGGAUGUGAUUGAACGAUUUUGGGAUUUUAUAGACCAGCUCAGCAUCAAUACUUUUGGGAAGUUCCUAGCGGAUAAUAUAGUGGGCUCUGUGCUUGUCUUCUCGUUACUAUUUUGGAUUCCUCUCAGCAUCCUUGUGCAUUGUGUGGACAAGAAAUUGGACAAGCAGUAUGAGGAGAACACAAAGUCUUUGUUUUGCCCCAGUAAUGUGGAGAUGCUCAGCAGCCUGGACUCUGCCUCUGUUCGAAUCAUCAAGCCCUUCCCUGCGGCGCAGACGACGAGCAGGCACCAGCCCCUGCAGCCCAUCACAGCCGUGCCCACCGCCCCCGCGGCGCCCAAACAGGACCACCAAAGAAUGGACACUAUUCAGGAGGACCCAAGCACUGACUCUCACAUUGAUGAGGAUGGGUUUGAGAAGGACCCUUUCCCAAACAGUAGCUCAGCCGCCAAAUCUUUUGAGGACUUGACAGACCAUCCUGUCAUUAGGAGUGAGAAAGCCUCAUCCUUUAAACUACAGCGCCAGAACCGGGUGGACAGCAAAGAAACAGAAUGCUAGUGUCUUGCUGCCUUCUAAAUAUAUGACUUGUGUCUGCAAAACAAGGAUCUAAAACCAUUUCAUUUAUAUAAAUAUAAAUAUAUGUAUAUAUUUUUGUGAGGGAGUGGGAGAAAUAAGGAAGUGACCUACUGCAGAUGCUGGUCAUGUGUAUGACCUUCCUUAAAUUACAUUAGAGCAUUAUAUCUUUUAAAAAGGAAAAUCCAAACUAAAACUGGCUUGUUUUUAAAGCUUUUUGGAUUUGUUUUUCUAUUUCCUUGACCUUUAACAUUUCCUUCAACCUGUGGUGCAAAACCAAAUAAUCCUGCUGGAUAUUGGAGUGUGUAUAUCAGCCUUUUUUAUAAUUUAAUGUUUUGUAGUCUGACAGCACUGAUAGACAAAAUUAAGGGGCUUU